CUCCGUCAACACCCGUGAACAUACCCAGGUAGCUCCCUGCACCUACCAAAGACUUCCCCUCCAGUGUUAGUUAUCAUCCAAUUGAAUAACGCCGUCGCUACCUCUCCACCACACAAGAUGGGCUUCUUCGCUGGCUUUUUCAGCGGCUUCGCCCUUACAACCUCGAUGCUCUAUCUCACUGUCCAAGUCCACCGGUCAACUCGCAUCGACCAACGCGACGCCAUCCGCGAACAAACACAGAAUAUCAAUUGGCUGGCUUUGUCUACAGGUGCUUACGACCGCCGUCUGAUUCCGAGCGAUAUCCCGCGUUCAAAGGAGGGGGCCGCAACACCACAGAUGAAAGAUAAGCUGAAGCAUCGGUGGAAUGAGGAGGUGCAGAAGCUCGCGAGGAAGGCUUAUGAUAGCCGCUGGGAUGGUGUGCGGGAUACGGCGGCGGAGGGAUGGAAGAGUGUAAAGCGGCUGGUGAAACGGGAUUGAUAUUAGGAUGCUUUGCUUUCCCUCCCUCUUGUAUAAUUGGUGUUUAUUUGGAUCCAAAAGCAUUGGGUUACGGUUUUUUUUUUUUAUGUUUAUGAGUAGCUUUGGUUAGGAUACCCUUCAUUACUGUCUCGACAAGCGUUUGGUGUUAUUAUUGUAUGUCCAGCACUCUGCUUUUCUGCAUAUAUAAGUA